AUGAAGCGUCCGGCGAAAGCCGCCAGUGUUGCAAUUCCUCGACCCGUGACAAGCCCAUACACCAGCCCCAGUGUCACCUUGCACUUUGGCCCUACCCUCCAGGAAUAUUAUCUACCAGAUAUCUUGCUGCAAAGAUUGGAGAGAAUCCCAAGUCGUGAUCCCUGGACAGGCAAGAUCCACCUCGCAGAUGUUGACGCGAGCAUCGGUCAUGUCUUGAUUCAUUUCCUGCACACAGGUCAGUAUCAAACUCUCAGCGAAGAAGGUCUCGAGAGCACCGAGAACGCACAGCAAGAUACCGUCCUCAAUGAAUUCCAAACAGCUCUCCUUACUCUUGAGGCCGCUAAGAAGUACGGCGUGCCUGGUCUCCAGGACUUAGCGCAAGUCGAGCUGGAGCGACGAGGCGAGGACAUGUGUCUACGUGAUGCUGUGCGCGUUAUUCGAGAGGAUCUCCUUGUAGGUCCUUCCGGCGAACAUGCGUGGCUUCGAGACUACGUUUCGAUGAAAGUUGGGUCGGCCUUCGAACACGACCCCUCCGCGAUAUUGGCACCAGACUUCUUCGACAGCAUCGAAAGCCCUACGUUGACGAAGUUGGUAGCUCAAAUCCUCGUUAGUCUGUUAAGCGAAGACAUAGACAAGUUGCGCAAAGAAAAGACCGCAGCCGGUCGAAUCUCAGCACCAGGACAUGACGAGCUUCAAGAGCCAUGUCUGUCUGACAUAGCAGACCAUCCUUCCAAGCGCACCGCUGAGGGUUCUAACGCAUGGCCCACGUCUGUACAGAAGUUUGGAGCUUUCGAUGACUCGUCAGCUGCCUGGGGUCCUCAUGAUCUGGCUCAGGACGGGAGUAGCAGUCAGGAGGCUGAUGCGCCUGCAGCCUUACCUUCAAGCAUCGAGGAAGACAGCCACGCGACCGAGAGAGGAGACGCAGAGUCAUGGGGAUUAGACAAAGACAAAGUUGAGACUCAGCACCUUCGAGCCGAGCAGGCAACCUUUGCCCAAUCUCAGGAGGGGGAUGAUGCCGCCGCGAACUCUACCGUUACCAAAUACGAAGAAGACAGAGCCGAGGUUCAGCCGCUCAGGAGCAUCUGGGGUAGUCUUGGAAAGAAGAAAAAGAAGUCUAAGAUGAAGAUCAGCAAUCCGCCCCCUCCUGUGUCACCACCUAACGUCCAGUUCGAGGUUGAUUCAACACUAGUCGUUCCUGAUGUCGACAAUAUUGCUCCAGUUGUACCCGCUGCACAAGAACAUCUAGAGACGGAGAAAAAUCCUUAUGCAGGGUUAACUAAGUCGCAAGUGAAGAAGUUGAAGGUCAAAUUAGACCAAGAGGCGAAGUCGAAGGACGAGGAAGAAGCGAGGCGCCAGAGAGAGGAAGAAGCGGUUGAUGAGAUCAGACAACAAGAAGAAGAGGAAGAACGGAUACGUAUAGAAGAGGCGGAAGCCGAGUUGAACAGGUUGGCGGAAGAGGAAGCUGCCGCUGCCGCCGCCGAAGCCGAGAAGAUCAAGAAGAGGGAAGAGGAAGAAGCAGAUCCCUGGGCUGCGUUUUCUGCAACUCCAGCCUUCAAAAAGAAGAAGAAGUCUAAGAAACCAAAAGAUCUAACCCUAGCAGAAGAUGAAGAGAACGAACGAAUCCGUCGGGAAAAAGAAAACGCUGCUGCCGCUGCUACUACAGCUGAUCUGAGUGUUGUCGGCUCGACGGGUGCUACAUUUGAUGACGAUGACUGUAGACUGCGUGUGGAGCAUCUAUCACAGAAUUUUGGGUGGCAAAACUGCGAAUCAUGCCAACUCUACAUACAGAAGAUUGCCAUGAAGCUUCACUCAGAGGGGCUACCAAUCGAAGAUGGGUUCAAUACGAUCAAUUGA